CCAUUUCUUCACUUUGGCUCGAGCAAUUCUCUGCUCUGAAAACAGCUUUCUCUCUUGUUUCUCUCUUUUGUUUUUCCUUCUUUUCUUCUCUUCAGCUGGGCGCCUCAUUGUGAGAGCUGCCAAAGUCCUUCUCAUUUCCCUGUGGCUCGUGUUUUCAGCGAAAUAGAAACAGGCGACUGUUGCUGAGGAGUUCUGGCUGGGCUCGUGUUUUUGUGUUUCUUCAGGUCUGGUGAACCUCUGGAAGACAGACACCGCUGCGUUGAGCCUCGUCCUCAAGAGUUCUCCACACGAGUCUAAACGUGUCCUGCUCUGGACGGCAGCAUGAAGAGUUUCAGCAUUUCCCAACUGACUGCCAUGACAACAGGUUUGCUCCUGCUCUGUCUGGGUAGUUCAGGUCUGGAGCUCAAUCCCGGCGUCAUUCAGGUCGUCCUCUCCAUCAACUCCUCCUUCAGCAUCACCUGCUCCGGCGGGAGUAAUGUCACCUGGCGCUUCAAGCGGGAGGAGAAAGUUCCGGAGUUCCACACCGAGAAGCAAAGUCCCUCCUCCAGCGUUCUCCGUCUGGAGCAGGUGACGUGGAGACACACAGGAGUCUAUGUGUGUUCAGAGAGCGGGACAAACAAGUCCAGAGAGGUGGCUGUGUUUGUGCCUGAUCCUGAGGUGUGGUUCCUUGAGAACGAUCUUGUCAUGGUGACUAAGACGCGAGUGGAAGGCACCAUCCCAUGUCUGGUAACGGAUCCCUUGAUAAACGUCAAGCUGUAUGAGAUAGACGCAGAGAUAAAGGUGGAGGGGUCGUACAACCCCAGCAUGGGCUACACCGCCGCCCUGGAGGACAAAACCUACAAAUGCAAAGGAGAGCUGAACGGAGAGGAGAAAGAGUCCAUCCCCUUCUACGUCUUCAGUAUAUUUGCUCCCGAGGCUCUGGAUCCAUACAUCAACGCCUCCAAAACGGUCCUGAAACAGGGCGAGAUGCUGAACAUCAACUGCACCGUUCAUGCCGCGGUUCUCGUCUUAUUCCUUUGGGACUUUCCCAACAAAGACGCAGGGGACAUUGAGCCCUUUACUGAUGUCCUGUCGUCCAUGAGCAUGCGAUCCUCUCUCAGCAUCACAGACGUAUCUCUGGCCGGAUCAGGACAGUACGUUUGUCAGGUGCAUGAGGGUGUGGAGAAUCAUAAAGCUUCAGCUAGUAUUAACAUCACUGUACUGGAGAAAGGAUUCGUGGCUCUUUCUUCUGAUCAGGAGGACGUCUCGGCGCAGCUUGGCGAAAACGUGGAGCUGAAGGUGGAGAUCCAGGCGUAUCCCAAACCCACCAUCCAUUGGAGUAAAGACGGCACUGCUAUUAGAGGACACAACACAAUACAGGAAAAUGAGACCUGGUUUGUCAGCACGUUGACCCUGGUCAGGAUCCGACUGGAGCAGAUGGGUCUCUACACCGUCAGUGUCCAAAACGAAGAUGACUUUAAAGACUUGACCUUUGAGGUGAAAGUUCAGACAGUUUGACAUCUAUUUACACACUGCCCAAUUUCCUGAAAACAGACACCUUUUUAAGUCUGGGCCAAGAAUAACACCAGCUGUUGGGAUUACUGUGAAACCCUGCAUGUAAUUUAAUGUAAUGCAAUUUAAUUUAGUUUGGUAUCUGAGAUUUUUAAUGCUUUUAAAGUAUUUUAUGCUCAUAGAUACUGCAUUUAUCUGAUUAAAAAUACAAUAAU